GAAGAGGAAGAAAGGAGGUCUUUUGCUAGAGCCAGAUGAGAAAGGGGAAGAAAAGGCUCAGCAGAAUGAAGAGGAAGAGGAGGAAGAGGAAGUGGAUGAUGUAAAGCAGGUGGAAAGAAACAGAGAAGAAGAAGAAAAAAAGAAAGAAGAUGCUCUUUGGGCCAGUUUCCUUAGCGAUGUGGGACAGAAACCCAAAGAGGGGGCCACCACGCAAGUGACGCAAGCUAAGAAGGCUGAAGAAGAGAAAAGUGGGAAGAAGCUUCAGCAGAAACCAAAAGAGUCUGAGAAGCCAAAAGAUUCAGGAAAAGUGACAAUCACCAAAGUGUUCGAUUUCGCUGGUGAGGAAGUCAGAGUGACUAAAGAAGUGGACUCGACCUCAAAAGAAGCUAAAUCUUUUCUGAAGCAGCAAGAAAAAUGGCAGUCAGCAGCUCCAGCUUCCCUCCCGACAGUCUCUGGCAAACGCCCUGCUGCUCUGAGUGCAGGCAGGUUUGGUCGCUCACUGGGAAAGCCCCACGGGCUGCUCACCUUCCUGCUGUUCUGGGAUCCGUGUUUCUUCCUCUAUCUUACUGGCCCAGGGUGGAG